GUUUAAUACCUAAAAAAUUAGAUAAGGUUUAAAUUGAGCUGAAAAUGCCAUGUCCAAGAGUAGACUAGGAAUUGUCUUUCUUUGGGUACUACCUUGUCCAAUUUCCUGAGUUUCAACAAAAACACACACACACUCUUUCUCUCUCCUCAACUAUUUUUGCCUUCUUCCUCAAACUAAUUCACUGCUUUUUUUUUAAAAAAAAACUCUGAGAAGUAGCACCUCUCUUCCUCAACUCAACACCCCCUUAACAUGCGCCUCCCAUUCUCUCUCCUCUUCAUCCUAUUCUCUCUCCUCCCUCCUUCAUAAAAAUCCCAACUUUUUUCUGUUUUAAUUUAUACCCUUUUUCUCAUGAACUCAACCUUUUUACUUGGAUUCAGGAAAUGGAUUUUGGGUUGGUGGGUGUAGAUUCUUUGGUGGUGGGUCAAAAUGUUCCUCCUUCUUCUUCUUCAUCUGAACAACAACAACAACAACAAGUUCUAGAAGGAAAACCCAAGUGUAAUGGAUCUGGGUUCAUCAAACAAGAAAGAUCCGACCCGUUUUUAGAUGAAGAUAAUAGAGCUUCAAAAAUGGUUAAACGGGUUGAAGAUUUGGGUGUAAGAUCUGAUAAUACUACACUUCCUAAACAACAAAUGUUGAGCUUUUCUUCUUCAACUAAACCUCAAGUUAGUUUUCUUUGUGCAAAAGAUGUGGGAUUAAUUGCAGAUAAAAAUGCACAAAAUCUUGUUUUGUCUUAUUUUCAGCAACCUCAUUCUUCUGCUACUUACACAAGAACUCCAGCUGGGUUUAAUCCUGGAAACUUGAAUGGGAGCAUGCAUGGGUCAUUUACAGGGAUCAGAGGACCAUUUACACCAGCUCAAUGGAUAGAGUUAGAACAUCAGGCUAUGAUUUACAAGUAUCUGACUGCAAAUGUUCCUGUUCCUGCUAAUUUGCUCAUUCCAAUUAGAAAAGCCCUAAGCUCUUCUGGCUUUCCUGGCUUCUCUAUUGGAUCUUAUCCUCCCCAUUCUUAUGGAUGGGGAGCUUUCCAUCUAGGGUUUUCUGGCAGCACCGAUCCUGAGCCCGGGAGGUGUCGCCGAACUGAUGGAAAGAAAUGGCGGUGCUCGAGGGACGCUGUUCCCGACCAGAAGUAUUGUGAAAGACAUAUAAACAGAGGUCGCCAUCGUUCAAGAAAGCCUGUGGAAGGCCACACCGGCCAAGCUGCCUCUGGACCCACUAACACCAAGGUUGUUCCAGCGAUGUCUGCUUCCAUGUCAUCGCUCGUAUCAUCCAGUGGCGGUGCCUCCAACAGUGUCACUGUUGCACAUCAGCACCAGAUCAAAGGCUUGCAGCCUACUGGUGUCUCCAAUGCUUCUUCUGACUCAAUUGUUAAUCGCUACCAUAAUGAGCCGGACCUCUCUGUGAUGCCUUCAACCAUCAAUUUGAAAACCAAUGACACGCCGUUUUCCAUUGCAAAACAACAUAUCCCGUUGGAUGAAUCCUUACAAUCAGAAUUCGGUCUUGUUUCUACCGAUUCUCUCCUCAACCCUACCCAGAAAAGUGCCUAUAUGGGCUGUAAAAGCUACAAUUCUUCUAUCUUGGAGUUCAAUGCUCAACAAACUCAAGAUCAAUACCCACUACGGCAUUUCAUGGACGCCUGGCCCAAGGACAAUGCUAAUCGUUCAGCCAUCCCCUGGCCCGAAGACAUGAAAUCGGAUUGGACUCAACUGUCAAUGUCAAUCCCCAUGUCAGCAUCCGACUUCUCGUCAUCCUCACCCAACCAAGAGAAAAUCACUGUUUCACCAUUGAGGUUGUCUCGUGAGCUUGACCAGUCUCAAGUGGGUUUGGGGGUGGGGACCAUUGUGGGUGAGACGGGCAUGAAGCAAAAUUCUUGGAUACCGAUUACAUGGGGAAAUUCAAUGGGAGGUCCUUUGGGGGAGGUCUUGAACAAUACAAGUAACAUUGCACCAACCCUAAAUCUUAAGGGUGAAGGAUGUCACGGGAGCCCUCAGCUUGGGUCAUCCCCAACCGGUGUCCUGCAGAAGUCUACCUUUGUUUCUCUUUCCAACAGUAGCUCCGCUGGAAGUCCGAGGGGUGAGAAUAUCCUCGGCUCAGCAUCUCAUGAUAGCUCUACAUUCGUUCCUUCCAUGUAAACUGUUGGAAGAGCUAGUCUGCCAAGGUAAGAGAAGAGUGAAAAGGAGAUUACGUGACAUUAGUUUCUUCCUAUUGUGAAAAAUUGGUUUCGAAAUAAGUCUGCUUGAGGCUUGUUUAGUAUCUUAAAAAUAUGCUUAUAUGUUUUCUUCAUUAAGAUUGAGUUUUGCUAAACAGUGUGGGAGGCUCAAAACUUAAAACAGGUGUUUAUAGCUCAACCUCUUUUAUGGUUUGAGUUGUACCAAUCUGUUCAUCGACUGAUCGUGGUGUAUUAUGUGUGUUAUUACUGUACCUAUCAAUGAUCACUUUGCAUCUCCUUCUCCAUUUGGAGAACUUAUCCAAACUUUCACGAAUUUUUGCUAAGGGAGAGUUGGAUUGGACAUUGAAGCAAAUACAUCUUGAAAUGCACUUUUUGUUGGAUUAAGCAA